AAACUUUGUAUCUCUCUUUUAUGUAUGGGCAUUAAUGUCCGUUGGUUUCAUCGUCUUUAUAAGCUAAACAACCCUUUGCUUGUCUCAAGAGCCCUUCUUUUCUCAGAAAGCAAUCACCAUUUAAGUUUCUCUCCACAGCUACAAGAGAUAUGGCAAAGCAAACCAUAGUGCUGAAAAUUCGUAUGAGGUGUGAUAAAUGCAGGACCAAAGCAUUCAAGAUCAUAGCAGGAACAUUUGGAGUUAUGUCGGUGCGGUUGGAGAGAGAACAAGGGAAGCUUGUGGUGGAAGGAGAGCAAGUGGAGAUAGCUGUGCUUGCCCAAACUCUGACGAAGAAAGUAGGUCGCACUGAGAUCGUCCAUGUUUCUGAGUACUAAGCCCUUUAUACACACUACUACUCUUAUCUAAUUUUAUGUGUGCUUUUCUGGUUUCAUAAUGAUGUGUUCGUUGAGCAACAUUUAACAUCCAGUUUCUAGUUUAUGGAUAUUUCACUUGUUUGGAAAUCACUAGAUUUCAGUUUGAUAUCUGUUGUUGGAUGAGCUCUGUUGCAUGAUGAAAAGUAGCAGGAGUUACAGAUUUAUGAAUAUUCAAGCAAUGGUUAAACCUUA